AUGAGCCAUCUCGAAGAACGUGGUCAUGCGCCGAACGAUCUUUGCAUGCUGGAGAGCAGCGCCAUCGCAUGCAUCGCGCACGACCACAAAGAGGGCUACAUUGACGACCUCGAGAUGCGCAGGAAUGAUGAUCGACUCGGGUCUAGACCGCAUCGCUCCUCUUUCAGAUUGCUCCGCCACGUGGCUGAGCGUACCCCCAAGACAGGGAUCAUGCGACUGUCAAUAGUAAGGCUGCCAGCGGGGUUCAGGGCUGAGCUCGAAUUUGACCGAUACUGUAGCAGCAAUGACUCGAGACUCUCCCUCGGCCGCCCGCAGCUUCGCAACAAUACAGUAGCAGCUGUCGACCUGCUCGUGGGAACGCACGCACCCAGCAACGCUCGUCGCGCCUCAGAGCCUUCCAACGAACGAUGGCUAGCCGUUCGCGAGCGACGUCUCGUGAGCUGCGCAUCCAACGCAUUGACAGCGUCGCUGGGCACAGCCCUGCGAUAUCGUCAUGGUCGACGUUGCUCCGAGGCCAAGCGAGGCUGCAAGUCUAGAAUCGAGCUGAGUGUCAAUCCCUCGCUCUCCGCACCUCGCAUCAAAUCUGGCAACGCAUCCAUUGUUGGUCGAAAGCGACGGGACGCGCUUGCCAGGAGCGCGAAACUUGGGGCUUCGGCACUCGGAGGUGGUCGACUCCAGAUUUUUUGCACGCCGCCACUUCUUCUCAUUCGAUACGAAGCUUCCGCUCUUCACAAUUGGCAACCCAUCAAAGGUACUGCGGCUGGGGUGAACAAGGCGCCCACAGCCAACACGAGCAUGCCCGGAAUCAACGGGAGCAUCCACACGGCCGUUUCGGACGAGGACUACCCGAGCUACGAUGCGGAGGCGCUGCAGCUUCCGCCGCACCUGCUGCUCGAUGCCUUCCACGGCCUCAACGUGUGUGCGCCCAUGGUGCGCUACUCGAAGCUCGCCUUUCGUGCACUCGUGUCGCGUUACGAAACGCACAUUACCACCACACCCAUGAUCCUCGCGCGCGAGUUCAGCCGCACCGAGGCCGCGCGCAACUCGGAGUUCUCCACCAACGAGUACGAGCGCGGCACCUUUUCGCUCCUCCCCGGCAUUGCCGAAGGUUCGGAGUCAGCACAGCGCCGACUUGCUGCUGCCAGCGCCAAGGCCAGCGACACCACGCCGGACGCACAAGACGAGACGAGCGGGGAGGCCGAGAGGGAGCAAGCGGCGCGGCGGGCGAGACAAGGCAAGCAGAGUAUGCGGGUACGCGGCGCGCUCGUGGCGCAAUUUGCCUCGAGCGAGCCGGGCGCAUUCGCGGACGCCUCGGAGCUCAUCGGGCGCUUCGUUGACGGUGUCGAUCUGAACUGCGGAUGUCCGCAACCCUGGGCAUACGAGGAGGAGCUGGGAUCGUACCUGCUGCGCCAGCCGGAGACGGUGCGCGACAUGGUGCGCGCCGUCAAGGCCCGCAUGGGCGAAGACUUUUGCGUGAGUGUCAAGAUCCGCGUUGACCCGGACCUGAGUCUCACCGACGCGCUGGUUCGUAAUGCGCUGCAUGCGGGAGCGUCGGUGCUGCAGAUCCACGGGCGCACGCGCUGGCAGUCGUCUGCGGGGCAUCCGGUGGAUCUGGACGCGAUCAAGUUUGCCGUCGAGUCGGCCAAUGCGUGUGGAUUCCGCACCGCGCGGGGCUCGCGCGGCGGAGCAGCCGCCCAGUUCGCUGAUGGCGGCAGUGGAGGCUUGGUGCCCUGUGUGGCGAACGGCGAUGUGUGGACGCUCGACGAUGCGAUCAAGUACCGCAGCCAUACGGGAUGCCGCGGCGCGAUGAGCGCGCGUGGAUUGCUCGCCAACCCAGCGCUGUUUUCGGGAUACGACCAGACGCCCGACGAGGCCGUCGAGCUCUUCCACUCGUUGGCUACGUCGUGGGGCCUGCAUACGGCGCUGAUCCACCGCCACCUUGCAUACAUGCUCGAGGCGUCGUUCCAGAGCCGUGCGGAAGCAGUCUACUUUAACUCGCUCAGCGGCGCAGCGGCACUGACCGACUAUCUGGCCGAUCAGGGCUUCCUCUCGACGCGCAGCACGCAUGCCGACCCGCUAGCGGCGCGCUUUGGAUUCGCACUCGCUUCUACCCCGCUCGAAGCCGCGCGCGUGGGCCCGCAACGGAUGUGGCCCUUGGCUGACGUGCUUGCCGGCACAGGCCUGUCCAGAUAG